CCCGUUUUUGUUUGUGUAUUUUUUCCCUGGGUCUGGGUCUGGGUUCUGUGUUCUGUGUUCUGGGUUCUGGCUCUAUGGAGCUUAGAAACUGCAGUUCCCGUACCGCCGUACCGCCGUUCAGUUCGAUUCCAACACGCGCAGCGACAACGAGCGGAUCUCUUUCUCUCUCCCUCUCACUCACUCACUCACUCACUUACGCUGAACUACCGCCUGAAUACGGUUUCCGAUUCGCCCGGUUCGGUUCGGUUCGGUUUAUAUUAAUUUUUGAAGCGUGCGGCGCAUGCUUUACCCAGUUAUUUAAUUCUUUCUUUUUUUUUUUUGGUAUAUUACAAGUAUUUAUGCGAUUUAGCUGCGUCUGACGUACAUAUGCUUCCACUUCCACACUGUCGUUGUCGUCGUCGUCGUCGUCGUCGCCGUCACCGUGUAUUGUCUCUGGAUCUGUGGAUCUCUGGGUUUUUGUUCUGGCUUUCUGGAUUUGCUUCUGUCUCUCUCUGUCUGUAACCUGAUCGCAAAUUACACGCUUUCGACGUGGUCGCUUCUCGUGCUGCAGCUCGGUUUUUGGUUUAUUUUUUGUUUUUUUUUUUUUUUUGGUUCUGUUUCUGUGCAAAUUUUCGGUUAUCAUCCCCCCACUUUGCGCUUCUCAGGAAUCUUAAGUUUUUUUUUUUUUUUUUGCUGAUAAUGCCCAAAAAAACUGUUCGACAAUGAAUGAAAACGUCUGCAAGAAGGUGGAGAAACAUCCGAGAAACGGGAAAAAGUUCAAAUAUUAUGUAAUUUUUAAAGUGAUUUGCAAAGUGCUGUAAUAAUGGCUGUAAAUAAAUAUGAAAUAAUUCGUCAACGAAUUAGGUGUAAUGUGAAGAAGUGAUCGACAGUGAUCGAUGUUGAGAAAACGAAUGAAUAUAAAAAAACGCAUGAAAAUACGCAGAAAAAAAAUGAAUACAAAUAAUUAAAUUUUCCAAAAAAAUACCAAGGAAACCCCAAAAAGGACUCCCGUCGACCGUCGAUCGUCCAGUCGUCAAGCAAAAAGCCAUUAAAGUCGAUACCAAAAAUUAUGGCACUACGGCCCAUAAAAAGGGUAAAACACGGGGCAGCCCAAAGAGCAGCUUAACCAAACAAUAAACCCAUUAAUUAACUAAGCUACUAAUUACCAAAAAAAAAAAAAACAAAGUGUUACACCAAACAAAUCAGCUGCCAUCAGGCGCCAGAAACUGCUAGAAAAUUGGGUAGAGUGUGCGCCAUAAAAUUAAAGUGAAGUGAAACAAAAACCAACAAGAAAAUGCAAAGGCAGCAGGCAGCAGGCAGCAAGCCCCAAGAAAAUCUAUUAGAGAAGUGCCCUGGCCAAAAGAAGAGAUAAGGCCGGCCCGCACCGAGGCCGCAUACUGACUGAGAGAGAGAGAGAGAGAGAGAGAACUGUUGUAAACGAAAGUGCAUUCAACCAAAAGUUAACACCCAAAUUAUCUGGCAGUCGUGUGCAGUUGAUCAAAAUGUGGCACACUGAGCAAGUGGAAAUCAAUUGUUGUGCGAACAUAACCUGAGCCAAAACUUAGACCCAGACUCCAGCGAAUAAACAUAAUCAGAAUAAUAAAAAACUAUGUGAACCAGAAACUAAUUGUCGCAUUUGUGUGCAAGUCUUCAAUAGAAGUUCGGUUCGGUUUUCCCUCCCCCCUCCACCGAAUCCCCUUCGCCUCCUCGUUCUGUUCUAUUGCCCGCUUCUGGUCGUAUUUAAAGAUUCGUUCGGUUCAAGGAUUAUCCAGUAAAUACGAAAAAUGGACGACGAGAGCGAUGACAAGGAUGAUACGAAAAGUUUCCUUUGCAGAAAGUCACGGAAUCUGAGCGAGAAAAAGCGACGGGAUCAGUUCAACUCUUUGGUGUGCGAUCUGAGCACCCUGAUAUCCACCUCCGGUCGGAAGAUGGACAAGUCGACGGUCCUCAAGUCAACCAUAUCAUUCCUGAGGAAUCAUAAUGAGGCCGCGGACCGAUCCAAGGUUUUUGAGAUACAACAAGACUGGAAGCCCACGUUUCUGAGCAACGACGAGUUCACGCACCUGAUGCUGGAGUCCCUCGAUGGUUUCAUGAUAGUCUUUAGCAGCUUGGGUGCUAUAUUCUAUGCCUCGGAAAGUAUUACCUCACAGCUGGGCUAUUUGCCGCAAGACCUGUACAGAAUGAACAUCUACGAUCUGGCCUAUGAAAUGGACCACGAGGCCCUCAUGAACGUCUUCGUCAAUCCGCCGCCUGUGAUCGAGCCCCGGCAGACGGAAAUCAGUGCCAGCAACGAGAUAUCCUUCUACAGCCAUAUAAGGCGCGGCGGGGUCGAGAAGGCGGAUACCAACUCCUACGAACUGGUUAAAUUUGUGGGUUACUUUCGUAACGAUCCCAACACCUCGGCGGGCUCCCGUUCCGCAAGUCCGAGCGGCAGCCAGUCUGCGCCCGUCCUGCCGCGCAUCUUCCGUGAGAACACCAGCGUGGAGGUUGACAGAAAGCUGGUAUUUGUGGGCACGGGCCGCGUCCAGAACCCGCAGCUGAUACGCGAGAUGAGCAUAAUCGACCCAACCAGCAACGAGUUUACUUCGAAGCACAGCAUGGAGUGGAAGUUCCUGUUUCUCGAUCACCGCGCGCCCCCAAUCAUUGGCUACAUGCCGUUCGAGGUGCUGGGCACCUCCGGAUACGAUUACUAUCACGUCGACGACUUGGACAACAUUGUGGCGUGCCACGAAGAGUUGCGACAAACGGGCGAGGGAAAAUCCUGCUAUUACCGCUUCCUUACCAAGGGCCAGCAAUGGAUAUGGCUGCAAACGGACUACUUUGUAAGCUAUCAUCAAUUCAACACGAAGCCGGACUACGUUGUGUGCACCCACAAUGUUGUCAGCUAUGCGGAGGUCAUCAAGCACACUCAGAAGGAGCGCCAGCAGGCGAGCAGCAAGGACUGCAAGGCCCAGACCUCGAUGGCCAGCAGCAGCAAGCCGGCGACGGCUACGACAACGCUGAGAGACUUGGAGCUGGCCAAUGAGAAUCUGGAGAGUAAUCUGCUGGACAAUAGCCUAUCGAAAUUGACCAAUGAAACGGCUGCCACCUCACCCGCAGUGGAGUCGUCACCCAUGUGGUCAGCGACGGUGACGGUAGCGGCAGCGGCAGCAUCGGGCUCCUGCCAAGCAAAUCCUUUAAAAAUAGCCAGGCCCGCCUCGAGCUAUAGCAACAUUAGCUCUACGGGUAUCUCGCCAAAAGCCAAACGGAAAUGUUACUUCUACAAUAACAGAGGCAAUGACUCGGAUUCCACUUCAAUGUCUACGGAAUCAGGCACCAGCAGACAGUCGGGAGCCAGCAGGCACUCCGUGUUGACGCAUGCGAGUUCGCAAAGUCAACGACAGCGGUCACAGCAUCGUGAUCACAGUCAAAGUCAUAAUAAUAACCAUCACCAGCAGCAGCAGCAACAGCACCAACAGCAGCAGGCGCAACAACAGCAGCAGCAGCAGCAGCAACAACAUCUGCAACACCUCCAGCAACAGCAGCAGCAGAUCCAACAGCAGCUGCAACAGAACGUGGGGCCGCCCAAGCUGGUGCCCAUGCUGCCUAUCGGACCCGCACAGAUCAUGGCAGGCAACGCGUUUCCGCAGUCCCCCUAUCCUCUGGCCAGCCCCCAGCUGGUGGCGCCUACUUUUCUGGAACCGCAGCAGUUCCUGGCAGCCAUACCCAUGCAGCCAGUGAUAGGGCCGUUCCCGGUGCCGCCAGUCCCUGUCCUCUCGCCGCUGGCUGUGCCGAGUCAAGGGCAAGGGCAGCAGGAACUACUGCCCGGAAGUGUGGUGAUGACGCCGACGCAAAGUCAGCUGCAGGAUCAGCUGCAGCGCAAACACGACGAGCUGCAGAAGCUGAUAAUGCAGCAACAGGACGAGCUGCGGAUUGUGUCGGAGCAGCUGCUCCUAGCCCGCUAUACGUACUUCCAGCCCGUGGUGCAGAUGGGACUCUCACCGGGCACCAUGGCACCGGGCAACAUGACACCGGCCAGCAUGACACCGGGAGCUGCGAUGCCCAAUGCGGCGGGUGGCAACGUUCAGCAGCGCGCAUUCAACUUCUCAAGCACGAAUGCUGUGCAGCCGCAUUUCAAUCAGUAUGGAUUCGCGCUGAACUCGGAGCAGAUGCAGAACCAGCAGGACCAACAGAUGAUGAUGCAACAGCAGCAGAACCUUCACAGUCAGCAGCAGCAUAAUCUCCAUCAGCAGCAUCAGAAUCAGAAUCAAAUGCAGCAGCAGCAACAUCUUUUGGAGCAGCAGCAAUUGCAGCUGCAACAGCAGCAGCAGAACGAAAUGUUGUCGCGCGAGGACAUUGAGGACAUUGAUGCCUUUCUCAAUCUGUCGCCGCUGCAAUCGCUCGAGCCUCCAGCUGCACUAAACCCUAGCCACAACAACAACCAUUCCAGCUUUAACAAUGGCAACGGCAACAGCAGUCAGAACAUCAUCGGCCACAACAACAACAACAGCAACAGCAACAACAACAACAACAACAGCAACUCGACUGCCCCACAGAAUCACAACGAAGACUCCUUGUUGUCGUAUAUGCAGAUGGCCACAAGCCCUUCGGUCAACUUCCACAUGGGCAUCAGUGACGAUUCCGAGACGCAGAGUGAAGACAAAAUGAGGAUGGGCAGCAGCAGUAGCCAUCUGCAGCUGCAGCAGCAACAUCUCCUGCAGCAACAGCAACAGCAGCAGCAACAGCAGCAACAACAACAACACCAGCAGCAGCUACCAGAGUCGAGCAGUUUUUACCAUUCGAAUCCAUUCGUCGCCCACCUACAGAAUCAGAAUCAAUUGCCAAACGACCUGGAAAUAUUGCCCUUUCAAAUGUCGCAAGAGCAAUCACAGAAUCUAUUCGAUGCAUCAAACACAGCCCCUGGCGGAAGUCAAUAACACAUGUGGAACCCUAGUUCGUAAGCUCCUAUAAGUUCCCCCCCC